UUUUCCGAACACUAAUCAUACUAGUUUUGAAAAAGGCAAAUUUUAUGUAUACAAAAAGCAAACCCUAACCCUAACCCAACCCCCCAUCAUCAUCAUCAUCAUCAUCAUCUCUAAGCCUAGAAAGAAACGUCCAUGAUGCAGCCGGACAACUCACCGGAAUUCUCAUCCCUUUAUCAGUUCAUCUUGGCCGGAAACGGAGGGUUCCCGGCGGUGCACAGCCACUGCGGUUCAAUCUCAUCUUUUAACCCCACGGAGGACGUGCUGGAAUUUACUGAUCUUCAAAACUCUGAGGGUCGAGCUUUUGCUGCUUCUGAGAAUCACAAGGAAGCUGAGAGAAGACGCAGACAGAGGAUUAAUGCCCAUCUUCAUAAGCUUAGGGCUCUUCUUCUCUGCAAUUCUAAAACAGAUAAAGCUUCAUUGCUGGGAAAGGUGGUUGAGCGUGUAAGAGAGCUAAAGCAACAAACAUCAGAAAUCAUGCAACUCGACCAAACAACGUUAAUCCCUUCGGAGUCGGACGAAAUCGCAGUCAUGCAAAAGCACGACUCUAUGGAUGGCAAAAGCGUGGUAAUUAGGGCGUCGGUUUGCUGCGAGGAUCGGGUGGACCUGAUACCGGAGUUGAUCGAAAUACUUAAGCCGUUGGAUUUGAGGCCUUUGAGGGCGGAAAUAGCGACGUUGGGAGGCAGAAUUAAGAAUGUGAUUCAUGUGUUGGGUGGCGAGAAUCAGACAGCUGAUGAAACAGCUUUGUGUCUGAAAGAUGCGCUGGAGACGAUGGUUUCCAGAUCAUGUGUUGGUGGAGAAAUUAAGACCAAGAGGCGAAGGAUGUUUGAUCAUCAGAAGAUCAUGGGAUGAUCGGAUUGGAUUUUCUAUUGCGAUUUCUAUUGUAUCUUAUAUUGUGUUUCACAUGUACUCGUCGACACAUCUGAGAUUAUAUUGUCAAUUUUAUGUUAGGAGUGAUUUUAUACACAUGGCGAGCGUGUAUAUGUGAAAUGAAAUAGAAGAUGCAGCAUGAACUGCAAUAGAAAAUUCAAUCCGAUUUUUUAUUCGUGAGUAGCGACCUUAGUGUGGUGAUUGGAGGUACAUCUCUUAUUCGGGGAAAUUUUAGCCCAUAUUGAAUUUGAUCGGAUCUCAAUAAAUUAUACAGUAAGUGUAAUAUAUUUAUUAUAUAAUUAAUAAAUAAUUUAAAAAAAAUAACCAAUUACAUGACAAGUAUAUCUAUGUAAUUGGUUUAGGGUAAAAAAAAUUCACUGAUUUGGCUGUAAAUUUCAGUUGUCUUCAUUGCCGUUUAUUUUUCUUUCCCCCAUUUGUUGUAAUUAGUGUCUGCUUUUAUCA